AUGGUAAAAUCUUUAGCUGUAGAAGGUGAGGAACACAAUGUUCAACCUCGGUCGGUAGAUGGUGGUGGAGACUCUUAUUCAAUACUUCCAACGGACCUUCCCUUGCCAACUAUGAAUGAACUCAUAGAAAAUAGAGAUCAACUUACAGAAAGUGACUUAGAUGAAGCGAUAAGUGCCACUGAGAAUUUCGCAAUGGAGUUGUCAUCUCAAAGGAAAUCUUCUAAAUUGAAAGGCCUCAAAAAGAAAAACCAGGGACAAAGGAAGGCUGAUAACAACAUUGAUACUAUUACGAAACCUAGCAAUCCUGGUGGUGAAACCGAGGAUAUUUCCCCACAGGAUACAAGCUCUCAUGAUUUGGAAAGACAAGACGACGUAAUAGGGGUAACUACAGAUACAGUAAAUGACGCUACAGAAACUCCUACACAUAUCCCAAUAGAUGUGAGUGUAGUUGUCAAAGAACCUUCUAUCAAUGAUAUGGUGGAAGACACAGGAAAUGCAUCACUAGUCAAAAAAUCCGUGGGGAUUGAGAUUGACAAUAGUCCAAUUACAAAAAAGAAAAAAACCAAAAAAAAAAAAAACGUGAAUAGAAGGAGUCGCAACUCUUCAAAUUCUACAGACGCUACUGAUCUUUCAAAACGAUCAACUUUAGAUUCCAUACUAGUAGGCAUCGAAGAAUACCUGCAGGACGAUAAUCCAAAGAACGAAGAUAUCAAGGUAAAUAUCAUCCAAGAUGGUCCUACCAACCUGCAAAAAUCAGAUAUCAGAACUGGAAAUGAAUCCACUCAGGAAAUAUUUAACAUUAAUGUGCCUAACAAAGACCGCGUUGACGAAACUUUAGAAGCCAAAAAUCACAUCAACGUGGAGAAGGCAGAAGGUACCCUAUCUCAAGAAGGUAACAAGAAUUUGAAUUUUGAUAAAGAAACCGAAGGAUCCCCAGAGCAUCAACAAGAGGCGCACGGUUUGGAGACAGGUGAUGAAAAUACACGAACUUCUGCGGCCGACUAUCCUUCGCAGAGCAAAGCUAAAGCUGUUAAAAGUAAAAGUUUAACUAAAGGUGAGUCUGAUUUUAACGUGAGUGCAUCUGACUCACCUUUAGAAUCUAGAGAGGAGCGGCAGAUCGAGAACAAUAUAGAUGGAAUAAGACCUCCACUUCUUGUAAAGGACGAGGAAGGAAGAGUAACGGGGAAGGAGGAACAUAUCUUGGAGCAAAAGGACAAAGAAGACAAAGAAAAUAAGAAAACAGUAAUAGCUAAUCAUGAAAAUGAUAAGAGCCAUAAUGAUAGCACAAUUGAUGGUAAUAGGAUCGUCACACCAGAGUAUAAGCGAAAGGCUAAUGAUAACGAAACUGUGGGUCCAACAAGACGCAUUAGCGACGACGAGAAGAACUUACAGCACGAUACUGAUGAUAUGUCUCUAGACGUUGAAGAAGAAAAAAAAGAAAAUUCUAUUUCCCCAGAAGUUAAAAAAGAAAGCGCGAUUGAGAAACCAGAAGCUGUAAGAGAUAACGAAGUGUUCAGUAUCGAAGAGGAAUCUGCACCAAAAGGGGAGAAAACAAUUGAGAACGAUAAAGAGCAGUCGAAAACAGAAGACGAAUUUUCCGCCGUUAAAUCGGAGGGAAAUGCGAACCCUGCAAUGAUUUCAAAAGAUAGCUCUGCCCUUAAAGAUGAAGCUAAAACAUCUACCCAGGAGAACAACCCGAAAGAAAUUGUCAGGGAAAUUAUCGUACUUGACCCACCUGGAGAAGGUACGAAAAAAGGAGAAGAUGUAAAGAUCGUGGAGGUUGUGGAAAAAAAUACAAUAUCUGAAGAUUUCGAGGCCGCCAAAGAAGAUGAAGAAGGUAGACAAGUCGAGCUGGGUGAGGCUAUUGGGGCCAUCAAAGAUGAUGAAAUAACUACAGGUGCCAAGACCAUCAAUGAAGCGAUAAAAAUGAAACAGGGGGAAACUGCUGAGCUUUCCGGGAAGAAGACAAUAUCUGAGGGUAGUGAAACAGCAAGAGAAAGUGGAGAAGUUGCCGAAGGAGGUGCAAAGGUUGGAGAGUCCCAGAAUAUUGAGCCUCCAAAAGUAGCUAAUGGUCCUAUCUCUGAAAGACCUGAAGAUCUCCAAGUGAACAACGAAGAUCACGGGAUUCCUAAGGAAUAUGUUGGUAUUCCCGAGGAAGAUAUGAAGGCAGAAGACGUUGAAACGGUCGAAGUUCCGGAAGAAGGGUUGAAAGCAGAAUUUGAGACAGCCAUUGGGAGUUCCAAAGAAGAUUGUAAAUCCCAGGGCGUCGAAAUUCCCACAGAAGAAGUUGAAACCACACAAAAGGAUAUGGAGGAUAAAAGACCUACUAAGAGUUCCAAAGAAGACGAAAAAUCUAAAGGCAUUGAAAUUAUGCAAAAAGGCGAUCAAAUGACUAAGAAAGAUAUAAAGCCUGAAAAUGGUGAAGCUACUGAGCCUCUGAAUGAGUAUUCAGAAGCGAAUAAGGUUGAAACUGCCGAAAAAGAUGUAGAACCUAGGAGAAAAACUGCAAAAAAGGACAUCGAAGGAGAUUUAGAGGUGGAGGAUUCCAACGCAAUUGACGGUAUUAAUGUAAAGUCUGGAGAUGUUGAAACCACAAAAGAGGCCGAAAUCGUUGCUGAACAGGAUAAAGAAAAUGAAAAGGUGGAAGCCGUUGGGCCUCCGGAAAAAGGCAACAAGACAAAAUGUUCUGAAUCUGCUGAGACUCUGAGAAAGGAUGGAACAUAUACGCAGACUGAAACUUCAAACGAAGACGCUGAAGCUGUGGCAAAAGAAGAUGAGAAUUUGGAAGAUGCCAAGUUUGCUGACACUCUCAAAGAAGUUACGAAAGAGCAAGAUGUCGACGGUAUCAAGAUUUCUGACGGUGACGAAUAUGAAAAGACAGACCAAUUGUUUGAAGUGGGAAAACAAGAAAAAGAGGUUUUAAGAGACGAAGAUAGAGAAUUGGAAAAAGAAGAAAAAAAAAAGGAAAACUUCCCUCUAGGUCCUAUGAUGGAAGAUAACAUCACAGAAGACAUGUGCGAAAGGAAGGUUGAAAUGGAACAGAAAGAAGAAGAAGAUGCAUGUCCGUUAAACUUCAAUGAAACAGAGCUAAUCGACAAGAGAGGUCCAAACGAUGAAGAAAAUGAAUCCGAAGAUCAAAAGACAAAGGAGAAUCCCAAGAAGCCAAGUGCAGACGACAUUUUCAAGGACAUCCUGGAUGAAACUGAUGAGUUUCUAGAGCAACUAAAGAUUGUUGAUGAUUCUGAACUAAACGCUUUGCUUCAAUCUCUAGACGCGAAGGAUACCGUUUCAGAGCAAUCCACGCAAAACCAAGACAUGGUACCAAACACAAUAAAGACUAGCGAGAUUCGGAAGUUGAACGAGAAGGAACCUGUAUACAUAUACACCUCACUAGCCGGGGGCGGUUUCCAUAUGAUCCCCAGAACAAAUCGCUUAAGCACGAUAUUGACUGCCAACAGAAUCCCGUUCACCUACAGAGAUCUUGGCACAGACGAUGAGGCAAGAAAAGUCUGGAAGACAUUCAGCAAGGGUAGGAGCCUUCCAGGUGUGGUCAGAGGACACAACGACUUGAUAGGGAACUGGGAAGACAUAGAAGAAGCCAACGAAGACUAUAAAUUGCGGGAACUUAUUUACGAUACUAUCUAA